CACACCGGCCGCGCCACAGACACACGCCACGCACCGAGCCCGCCGGGCGCCGAGCGCAUCGCCCCGCGCCCGCACUCGCACUCACACUCACACUCGUGCGCAGGCCCCGCAGCCGCCGCGAUCGGAGGCGGUGCUCGGCCUGGAGCCCGGCAGGGGCCGGAGAAGGAGAGGACUUGGGUGAAGAGCUGCCACCGCACCUGAGACCCCACUGCUGCCACCGCCGCUGCUGUUACCGUGGGGACCUGCCUGAGACCAGGCCAGGGACAGAGCUUCACUGGUCAGAGGGGCUCCUUCCACCUGCAGAGAUCUGAGCAGAGACGACUGGCCGCCCUGAGCGCAAUUCAAUUCAACAGACAUUUACUGAGUGCCUACUAUGCGCCAGGCCUUAGGCUAGGCACUGGGGUGGGGGCGCAGAGAGGAAGAUGGAGUCCCGUCCUCAGGUAGCUCUGGGCUGGGGGGUGAGGAGAAGACAAGCAAGGGCUGAACAAGGACAUCUCAGUUCCAGGAGAGAAGCUGCCUGUAGGGUAGCAGCAGAUACCUGGGUACAAGUACUUCCCUGGAGAGCUGCUGUCCCUUGCCUGUGCCUCAGUUUCCCCAUCUGUAAAACAAGUGGUGGGGUGGGAUGGGGUGAGACAAUCUCUAGGAUCCUUCCAGAAGUCCAUGAGGGUGGAAUCAGGGCAUGGGGGAAGGCACGGUAGGGAGGCCCACACCCUUCCUGUGGAGAAGAAAUCUCUGAAGGCUUCCUGGAGGAGGAGGCACGAGGCCUGGGCUGCAGGGGGGUAGGGAAGGUGGAAAUGGUACCCCAGGGUCAGGAAGAGCAUGAGCUAAGGCCCAGGGGACACGUAGAUGGGAAUCCCUAUAACUCUGUAGGUUGAUAAGGGAUGUGGUAGGGUGUGAAGUUAGAGAGGGAGGGGGGGACCCAAGGCUUCAUGUUGGGGUUUGAGCUCUGUUCUGUGGGCUGUUGAGGACUGAGAGUCAGGAACCGUGGCCCUGCCUUGUGCUGCCCCCUUCACCUGCCCUCUCUCCUGCGUACACUUGACCAUCACGUUCCUGUAGAACCUGUGACCACGGUGGUGCCUGCAUGUGCUGGACACAUUGCGCAUCAGUUCCCAUGGCAACCCCAUAAAGUGGGCAUUACUGGGCCCCGUUCACAGACAAAGAUACUGAGGCUGAGAGAGGGAAGUUUUUGCCCAAGGUCAUGAUCUGACCCUCUGUCUUCCCAUGGUUCUUCCACUAGCUCUCACUUUUUUUUUGCGGGGUGGGGGGAGGGGGUGCGCAUCUCUGUCCUGUGUGACACCAGCCAUCCUAGGAACCCCCAAGCUCAUAGAAGUACCUGCCAAGGGCAGCGCAGUUGGGUGUGGAGGGUGGGGUUGGGCGAACCCUCAGAUGUUAGCAGGGCUGGCUUUCUCCAAGACCUGAGCUUCUGUCCCCACAGACAUCCUCUGAGAUGGGAGUGAGGCAGGGCUCCUUCCCACUUUACAGAUGAGCAGACUGAGGCCCUGGGAGUCCAAGGUCAAUGCAGUGACAGCAUGGGCAGGGAGUCCCAUCCUAUCAUCCAGCUAAGGCUGGAGGGACGUUCAAAUCCCCUGAGAUCUGUGCAGAAGCUGACCCCCACAGCCCUCCCCCCACCCCCAGGGAGUGGGAAAGACUGGCAUUAGAAUCACAGACCUGGGUUCAAAUCCUGGUUUUGUCUUGCACAAACAGUGUGAUCUUGAGCAAGUUAUUACUCUGAGCCUCAGUUUUCAUAUCUAUAAAGGGAGAUAGCAGGCUUCUUUCAUUCAGUCAUCAAUACAUGUUUAUUCAGAACCUACUGGGUAUCUGGUGUUGGCCUUUAGUGGAGAAUCAGACCUUUCCUCAGAGCACUCAGCUCAGGAGUCACAGCAGCGGUUUUCACUCUGGUUGUGAUGGAAGAAGCCCAGGGUGCCGUGGGAACCCACAGGAGGGACCCCAGCCAGACAAUUUUGAUUGGUGGAGGGAAGCAGGAGGGCAGGAGAAGAAGGCAGGAAACCAGCUCCGCAAGACCCCAGAGGCUGAGCUUCAGAUGAUCCUUGUUGGGAAUUUCCCAGAUUAGUACGGGAGCCGGUGAAGGCUUUUGAGCAAGGGAGCACCAUGCUCCGAUGGACGUUCAGAAUGCUCCUCCUCUGCUGGGUGGAGGGGGUGCUGAGAGUGGAGGCAGGGAGACCCUUGAGCAUGCAGAUUGAGAAAUUCACCUGGGGUGAGGAAGGAGACUGCAGCAGGACAGGAGCAGCGGGAGGGCGUACGCCAAGACCACCCAGGUGUGGGCACGUGGGGAUGCUCCUGCCUGGCUCAGGGACAGGGGAGAGAAGCAGGGGUGGGGGAGCAGGUGGGCAGUGGGAGGCGAGUCCAGUCAUGGAUGAGGACAGGCGGAGUUUCACGUGCCAGGGAGGGGUCCAGAAGGCAGUGGGAGGAAGAUGGUGGUUGGUACCAAGCUGCUAACAGAAGCCUUGGGAGGGGCAGAGAUGCUGGGCAGUAGGAGUGGCAAAGUAGGUUUGGGAAGAUCAGAGAGUGAGGACCAGGGCUUCAGGGAAGGUCCCUGCAAAGUAGCCCAAGGAGGGAGUGGCUUGGCAGGAAGGAGGAAUCCUGGGGUGUAGGGACUUAGGUCUGCCCGGGAGAUGACAGAAGUCACAUGUGUCAGGCAAUCUGCCCAGCGCCAGGAGCAUGGGAGGGGCCCAGGAGGAUCAGUUCCCACCUGGCUGUCACCAGAAAGCAGAACUGUAGUCUGUCCCCCACUGCCAUCCUGAGGAGAGGGGGCCACCAAGGAGGAGGAGGUGUUUGGGAAGGAGGGAAAGGGGAAGAAACAUUUGCAUGCGUAACAAGGCUGAAGUGAGGGAGAGAGAAAGAGGGAGCAGGGGAUGAAAAGAAAUUACCAUACGCCGGGAUCUUGUUAUUCAACCCAAUUUUCAAAGGACCACAGCUGUCGCACUGAGAUAAUCCGUUAAUUAUAACAGCCAUUGUGCUUUGGCAACGGGAGAGAAACCGAGGCUGGGGAGCAGGCUAAAGGCAGGGGUGGGAGCAGGUCUCUGAGGGGGCAGGAACAGGCAGGAAGGCAGACACUGUCCAGGGCUGGGCCUCAUCCCUUCCUCGCUGCCACUGUUGCAGCGAUGGGUCACAGGGACCCUGUUUGUGCCAGGCACUGUGCCACACCUGUGAGCCAGGCCAUCAUACCCAUUCUAGAGGUAGCUAUGAGCACUUACUAUGUGCCAGACCUGCUCCGAAGCUUCCGUUCUCCCACCCUCUGAGGUUGCGCCCUUCUAGUCCCAUUUUACAGAAGAGGAGACUGAGACUCAGAGGAGACGUAGCUUGCCUGGGCCAUGCUCUUCAUUCAGUGGCAGGGCCGGGAUUUAAGUUGAAGGUGGCCUGUCCUUCUAGGAGAACACUAAGGAGGGCCAGUCUCUAUGGGUUGGCCACGCAGACUUGGUGGACACGUGUCCCAGGCUGUGGUUUCUGUGCAGCCGGCAGUCCAUGGGGUGGCCCUCCCCUGGGCACUUCCGGGGCUCCUCCUGCCCAAACAGAGCUUCCUUGUUCUCUGGUGCCACAGCUGCAGGCCCCUGCAAGCCAUACCCCCCCUCAACCCCUGCAGAGAAGCCAGUCUCAGGGCUAGGAGAGGGACCCCAUGCGACCACCUGGUUCAGGACUGUGAUAGGCUGUCACCCUGGGAUGGGCCAGGCCCUGGCCAGCUAUGAGCCCAGGUGGCGGCCUGGGAGAGGCCGUGGGGAGGGUGGGCAGGAGUCCCAGGUGAGCAGAGCAAGGGGAACCUGAGCUCUGGGGGAGGGGCAGGAGCAAGGGUUCAUUCUAGAAGCCCCAGAGCCCUUUGCCGCAGUACCCGCUCUGGGCUGUGGCUUGAGCAGCCAAGGCUUUAGGCCUCCUGGUGUUCACAGCAGCCUUGGUGGGAGCCUCAGCCCAUCCUGGCUCGCAAUAUUUUAUGGAGGAGGAAUCGUAUUUGGGAGCCCGUUACUCCCAAACCCCAGCAGGAGCCCCCAACUUGACCCAGCAAACCGAGCAGCGUUGUUGAAGAGCCAGGGACCACGCAGGGUGACAGGCAGGUCAGGGGUGUGGGGGUGCUCUCCUGGUUUGGGGUCCCCGCUCCGGUGGGCCUGCUUGGAGGUGAGCAAGGGUUGUGGAUGGGCCAGGGUAGCCUUGUACCAUCAGUGACACAGAGGCCAAGUAGACUUUUAGGAUCAAAGAACUACAGAGCUCUUGAGCCCCAGAUUCGUAAUCAGAGACCUGCCAUCCCCACAAAAAGAUCUAUGCCUUCAGAGUGUCCCAGAGCCACAGAACCAGGGAGGCUCGCGCCAUCCGCCCUGUCUCCGCAGGGAUGUGGAAGGUGGGGAGCCAGUUCUUCCAGGUUUUCCAGUCAUUCCAGAAGUGGGGAUUUUAAAAAUAAAAUCUCCCAAGUUAUCAACAUUGGCAAGUAAUUCAAAAAAAUUUUUAAAGCCAUUGUCCAGAUGAAACAGGAACUCAUAGUAUGUCUUGACCCAGAGCCUGGUGCCAUGGAGGGUCAAAGCCACUUUGUAGCAGUUGUGAAACCUCAGUUUCCUCCUCUGUAAAGUGGGAAUAAAAACAGCAUGACUUAUGAGGUUGUGCAGAGGAUUAAGUGAGUUCACAUGAGAAGUGCUUAGGCCUACCUGUGUCAGCCCAGGACUCUGUUUUCAUUUUCCCCCCGGGGCUGCACUCUCUGCCGCCCGGAGCCUCCGCUUCUCCCCGUGGGCUCCAGCCGUGCCAGUCCGCCCCGGGGCAGCCCUGAGGGUGUUGGAAAGCAGGGAAAUAUUCACCCCUUGGGGCCCUGGAGAGGGAGCAGAGCCGGGAGGGUGGGCCUAGCCAGCGCCUGGUACAUAGUAGGUGCUCCAUAAAUGUUUAUUGAAUGAAUGAAUGGAGGCCAUGCAGGCAGAGGCAGCCGUGCGUGCGCAGGCACUGGUGAAAGAGCGGGUCCAGUGGAGACUGGAACCAGGUGACAGACGGGUCUCUUCCUUCCUGUCCCCGCCUUUCGUGCUCCCCCCUCAGAGUCCCAGUCUCCAGCCUCCUGUGGGAAUCAUCUGAAAUUCUGAGCCCAGAGCCCCAGGAGGAAGAGGAAGAGGCGGAGGAAGUCAAGCCCCGAGAACCUGGGCAUCUUCCUGGCAGGAAAGGAGCACCUCGGGGAAGCAGGCUGUGGGGCCCGCAGCCCCCCUGGCCUUGGUCUGGCUCUGGUGCCCGGCGACCAGAAGGCCCCCUGACGGUUGGCACUGGCCGUGCCCGCCUCACCUGGGGCCCCCGAGCUGGGGGUCCCCCCAAAGAUGGUGGCAGCCCCAGGGAGGACUGUGCUGCUGGCCCCAACCUCUGGCCACUAGGCCCCCCGGCGCCCCGGCCCCCCACCCUGAGCCAGGCCUGAGAGGGGGCCGUGGCUGGAGCCAUGCUGCGCCUGGGGCUGUGUGCGGCCGCGCUGCUGUGCGUGUGCCGGCCGGGAACCGUGCGCGCCGACUGCUGGCUCAUCGAGGGCGACAAGGGGUACGUGUGGCUGGCCAUCUGCAGCCAGAACCAGCCACCCUAUGAGACCAUCCCGCAGCACAUCAACAGCACUGUGCACGACCUGCGGCUCAACGAGAACAAGCUCAAGGCCGUGCUCUACUCCUCGCUCAACCGCUUCGGGAACCUCACCGACCUCAACCUCACCAAGAACGAGAUCUCCUACAUCGAGGACGGCGCCUUCCUGGGCCAGUCGAGCCUGCAGGUGCUGCAGCUGGGCUACAACAAGCUCAGCAACCUGACUGAGGGCAUGCUGCGGGGCAUGGGCCGCCUGCAGUUCCUCUUCGUGCAGCACAACCUCAUUGAGGUGGUGACACCUGCCGCCUUCUCCGAGUGCCCGAGCCUCAUCAGCAUCGACCUGUCCUCCAACCGCCUCAGCCGUCUCGACGGCGCCACCUUCGCCAGCCUGGCCAGCCUCAUGGUGUGCGAGCUGGCCGGCAACCCCUUCAACUGCGAGUGCGACCUCUUCGGCUUCCUGGCCUGGCUUGUGGUCUUCAACAAUGUAACCAAGAACUAUGACCGCCUGCAGUGCGAGUCUCCACGUGAGUUCGCCGGCUACCCGCUGCUGGUGCCCCGGCCCUACCACAGCCUCAACGCCAUCACCGUGCUCCAGGCCAAGUGCCGAAAUGGCUCGCUGCCCGCCCGGCCUGCGAGCCACCCCACGCCCUACUCCACUGACACCCAGAGGGAGCCUGACGAGAACUCAGGCUUCAGCCCCGAUGAGAUCCUGUCGGUGGAGCCGCCAGCCUCGUCCACCACGGACGCGUCAGCGGGGCCGGCCAUCAAGCUGCACCAGGUCACUUUCACCUCAGCCACCCUGGUGGUCAUCAUCCCACACCCGUACAGCAAGAUGUACGUGCUGGUCCAAUACAACAACAGCUACUUCUCCGACGUCAUGACACUCAAGAACAAGAAGGAGAUCGUGACGCUGGACAAGCUGCGGGCACACACCGAGUACACCUUCUGCGUGACCUCACUGCGAAACAGCCGCCGCUUCAACCACACCUGCCUGACCUUCACCACCAGGGACCCAGUGCCUGGUGACCUGGCACCCAGCACCUCCACCACCACCCACUACAUCAUGACCAUCCUGGGCUGCCUCUUCGGCAUGGUCAUCGUGCUGGGAGCCGUCUACUACUGCCUGCGCAAGCGACGCAUGCAGGAGGAGAAGCAGAAGUCAGUCAAGGUCAAGAAAACCAUCCUGGAGAUGCGCUAUGGGGCGGACGUGGACGCCGGCUCCGCGGUCCACGCCGCCCAGAAGCUGGGCGAGCCCCCUGUGCUGCCCGUGUCCCGAAUGUCUUCCAUCCCCUCCAUGAUCGGGGAGAAGCUGCCCACUGCCUCCAAGGGGCUGGAGGCUGGGUUGGACACGCCCAAGGUAGCCACCAAGGGCAACUAUAUCGAGGUGCGCACGGGCACGGGCAGCGAGGGCCUGGCGCGGCCGGAGGAUGACCUCCCUGAGCUGGAGAACGGCCAGGGCUCGGCCGCUGAGAUCUCCACCAUCGCCAAGGAGGUGGACAAGGUCAACCAGAUCAUUAACAAUUGCAUCGAUGCCCUCAAGCUGGACUCGGCCUCUUUCCUGGGGAGUGGCAGUGGUGGCGGGGACCCUGAGAUGGCCUUCGAGUGCCAGUCCCUCCCUGCGGCGUCCACCACUUCCUCCACCGCCACCCCUGUUCCUGGGGUGCUGGAGCGGCCCAGCUUCCUCUCGCCCCCCUAUAAGGAGGGCUCCCAUCACCCGCUGCAGCGCCAGCUGAGCGCCGAUGCCGCCGUGGCUCGAAAGACCUGCAGCGUCUCCUCCAGCGGCUCCAUCAAGAGCGCCAAGGUUUUCAGCCUGGACGUGCCGGAUCAUCCGGCCACUCCGGGGCUGGCCAAGGGCGACUCCAAGUACAUCGAGAAGGGCAGCCCCCUCAACAGCCCGCUGGACCGGCUCCCGUUGGUGCCGGCCAGCAGCAGCGGGAGUAGCGGCGGCGGUGGUGGCACCGUCCACCACCUGGAGGUGAAGCCCGCCUACCACUGCAGCGAGCACCGGCACAGCUUCCCGGCCCUGUACUAUGAGGAGGGCACCGACAGCCUGAGCCAGCGUGUGUCCUUCCUCAAGCCGCUGACCCGCACCAAGCGGGACUCCACCUACUCGCAGCUCUCCCCCAGACACUACUACUCAGGUUACUCCUCCAGCCCUGAGUACUCGUCCGAGAGCACGCACAAGAUCUGGGAACGCUUCCGGCCCUACAAGAAGCACCACCGGGAGGAGGUGUACAUGGCCGCCGGCCACGCCCUGCGCAAGAAGGUCCAGUUCGCCAAGGACGAGGACCUGCAUGACAUCCUCGAUUACUGGAAGGGGGUCUCGGCCCAGCAGAAGCUGUGACCCUCUCCCCACCCCCGACCCUGGUGAGGUUGGAGGGGGCGGGCCAGGGGCACGCGGGGAAGGGCCGGGGCGGCCGGGGCGGCCGGGCAGGGCGCGCUGGGGGCCGAGGAGUGGACGCACACGCACACCCGCACGCACGCACCCACGCACACACCUGACCACCACCUGACUGUGAACAACCACCACCCGACAAUAACGGACAGGAAAACAAAGACAUGUUCUCCUUAAAGUUUACACACUGAUACCGAAACCAGUGGUCUUUACUGUGCUGCCCAGGGACUCUGCCGGGGUGU